GUUGCGCAGUCGCGGUGCCGUGAGUUGUUUGGACGCCGGCAAAUCGCGCCCGGGAUGUAGAGCUAGUGCUGCCCACGGCGUCUGACGCGGAGCUGGGUGGGGUGGCGAGUGGGGGGCGGUAGUCGGGGUGGUGGGAGAAGGAGGAGGCGGCGGCGAAUCCCUAUAAAUGGCGCCGAAGCAGGACCCGAAGCCUAAAUUCCAGGAGGGAGAGCGAGUGCUGUGCUUCCAUGGGCCUCUUCUUUAUGAAGCAAAGUGUGUAAAGGUGGCCAUAAAGGACAAACAAGUGAAAUACUUUAUACAUUACAGUGGCUGGAAUAAAAAAAGUGCUGUGAGGCCCAGGCGCUCUGAAAAAGCUUUGAAGACACGUGAGGAUAUUGUAGCCCUUUUUCCUGUUCCUGAAGGAGCUCCCUCAGUACACCACCCCCUCCUGACCUCUAGUUGGGAUGAAUGGGUCCCAGAAAGCAGAGUACUCAAAUACGUGGACACCAAUCUGCAGAAACAGCGAGAACUUCAAAAAGCCAAUCAGGAGCAGUAUGCAGAGGGGAAGAUGAGAGGGGCUGCCCCAGGAAAGAAGACAGCGGGUCUGCAACAGAAAAGCGUUGAAGUGAAAACAAAAAAGAACAAACAGAAAACACCUGGGAAUGGAGAUGGCGGCAGUACCAGUGAGACCCCUCAGCCUCCUCGCAAGAAGAGAGCUCGAGUAGAUCCCACUGUUGAAAACGAGGAAACAUUCAUGAACAGAGUUGAAGUCAAAGUGAAGAUCCCUGAGGAACUGAAACCAUGGCUUGUGGACGACUGGGACCUCAUUACCCGGCAGAAACAGCUCUUUUAUCUUCCUGCCAAGAAGAACGUGGAUUCCAUUCUGGAGGAUUAUGCAAAUUACAAGAAAUCUCGAGGAAACACAGAUAAUAAGGAGUACGCUGUCAAUGAAGUCGUGGCAGGGAUAAAGGAGUACUUUAACGUGAUGCUGGGCACUCAGCUGCUCUACAAAUUCGAGAGGCCGCAGUACGCUGAGAUCCUCGCGGACCACCCUGAUGCACCCAUGUCCCAGGUGUAUGGAGCGCCACAUCUACUGAGAUUGUUUGUGCGAAUUGGAGCGAUGCUGGCCUACACACCUCUGGAUGAGAAGAGCCUUGCUUUAUUACUGAAUUAUCUUCAUGAUUUCCUAAAGUACCUGGCGAAGAACUCUGCGACUCUGUUCAGUGCCAGCGAUUACGAAGUGGCCCCUCCCGAGUACCACCGGAAGGCCGUGUGAGGCGCCCACUUCGCCUGGCGUGGGUCUCUGUGACACGUUCCUGUUCUUAGUCCUCCUCUUGUACACAAGCUGUACUUCGAAAUGUUAGUGUAUAACUGACUUGAUGUUUGUUUUCUGUUUGAUCUUAAACAGAGAAAAUAAAAGGGGUUACAGCUCCUUUUUUCUUUCUUUUUUUUUUAUCAUUUUAAAGUUGCUACCAGUGUAUUGAUGGACAGCGGAGAGAUAUACUGUAGAGUGUUCUGUUGCCUAGUUGACAAAGCUGCUUUGAAUGCUGGUGGUCCUCUUCCUUUGACACUACGCACUUUUGUAAUACGUGUUGAUGCUGUAUGACAGAUGCUCUGAUCUAGUGCCAAAGGUUUGAUUCAGUGUAUAUAACUGAUCACACUCACCCGUUUGUGCUUUUUUUAUUUUUUAUUGGUGCUUAAAGUAAAGAGCUUAUCCUUUGCAAGUCACCCACAUUGUUCCUUAGGCAUUUUAUCUUCGCUCAGAUUGUGGAAGAGUGGUGGCUUGUUCAUGGUUUUUGUAUUUGUGUCUAAUGCACGUUUUAACAUGAUAGACGCAAUGCCUUGUGUAGCUACAGUUUUCUGGAAAAGCCAAUCUUUUAGGAAUUGUUUUUCAGAUCUUCAAUAAAUUUUUUCUUUAAAUUUCAAA